CCCUUCACACUCCCCAAGCACAAACUUACCUCUUCAUCUGCUUUUUCUUGCUCAAAUGGAGGCUGCACGAUCCCAAGGCAUCCUGCCAAACAAUGGUCUUCCAGAAGACAGGUUGCCACCACCGAACAACGAUCACCUCGCCCCGGAGUUGGACGUAAUUAUGCCCGUCUAUCUCUUUAUUGGGAAAGGAGAACAACAGGAGCCAACAUAUCGGCACUGGUCCUUGGUGUGGGUCCUUCCUUGGCGCUUGCAGCGGCCACCGUCAGGUUACGCGGCCGUGCGCACUCUCGAGCUUACACAAGAAUUCCCUGCUCUACAUCUCACCAACUGGGGUCCACUCACCCGAACGAGAUAUGUGCAGUCUCUGCAGAUGGGACUCAUCCCACUUGGGAAACUGUCCUUUGCCGAACGGCAGUUACUGGAGCAGAUCGCCAAGAACACUCCUGUGUAUCGCCCGAACGGCAUCUACAACUGUCAGCAUUGGGUCAUCGAUGUCAUCUCCAAAGGGAUCCACGACGGUCUGCCAUUUGACCGAACGCCCAUCGAGGAAAUUCUGAGGGUGAACGGCAGACCUGAUCUGUUGUGGUAGUCAGAACAACAGUGGAGACCAUGCCCAUGUAUGUUUGAUGCACAGGGACUGCCAAGGCAACACCCAGCGACUUCC